AUGGAGUGCAAGAUGCUAGAUGGCGGGACCAUGAAGGUUCCCUUUUGCAACCUUUUGACUUUGUUGCAAGGGUGCUAUGCCGAAGGCAACUAUUUUGCCGAUCUAUUGAAUCAGUUGCAUGCAAUGAGACCGUCAUCGCUACAAGCACCUUGGCAUGGCAUCCUUUAUGCCGACGAAGUACAUCCAGGGAACCAGUUGAGUUCCUCUGGACGUAAGACAUGGGCUAUCUAUUUUUCAUGGCUGCAAAUGACACCCAAACUUUUGUCUGACGAAAGAAACUGGUUCACCCUCAUGGUUCUCAGAAGCGAUUUGGUUGCACGUCUAGAAGCAGGAAUCGGCCAAUGCAUCCGAAUUCUCUUGGAGCGAUUGUUUGGUGGCAGUACCAACCCACAGCAUGGAGUGGCUUUGCGAUCAGACACAUCCCGACUUCGCUUGUACUUCACUUUGCAAAUGUUCUUGCAAGAGGAGAUCAAGCUAUCCGCCAAAUUCCUCACAAGGGCUUCUUGUCAUGUUGCCACCGAUGAAGAAGUUCUGUCCAGCUGGGACAGAUUGAAGGUCAAAGAAGCAAGCUUGACGAAGGGGAAAUUUAAGGAGUGGCAGCAAGCGACGGGCUGGACCUACUCCAGUCAAGCACUCCUGAUGUCCGAGACCCUUCGAAGCUUGCAUGUCCUUAAACCCAUCACCCAGUAUGCUUUCGACUGGAUGCACGGGCUGUGCUCCAACGGGAUCUUGAACUAUGUCAUCUACUGGACAUUGCAAGCCCUGAAGGAGGCUGCCAUGGGGGAUGUUUGGCGGCGACUCUGCGACUACAUGAAGCUUUGGUGCUGGCCAUUGCAUGUAUCGCAGAAAGCCGGUUGUGUCGCCCACCUUUUUGAGGACAAGGCUGUCAAGGGCCACAACAAGGACCAAAAGUUGCGAUGCUCUGCAUCCGACAUUUUGAGCCUUCACCAGCCAUUGCGGCACUUUUUGCUGAGAUGCUGCAAAGCCCUUCCUUGUGACCUUGCACGAAGAGCCUGCUUGUCAUGGCUCCGGGUGCUUGAGAUCCUUUUGCAUGCACCUGUUAGGCUCCCGAAUCCCGGGGAGCUCUUGGCAUGUGUGGAAGAAGCACUCCAAUUGUGUGUCGAUGCAGCAUGGUCCGAUGGCUUGGUCCCCAAGUUUCACUGGUCUCUUCAUUUCGAGGACCAGGUUCAGCGCUUUCGAGCUGCACCAAGUUGCUACACGAUGGUGAGAAAGCACAAGCAUGUUCGCAAGUACGGCUCGGGUAUUGCCAACACAAGGACAUAUGAAAGCACUAUUCUGCAAGAAAUCACAUGCGACCAUGUCACCCACCUCACGAGAGAUCAGAAGUGCAUGUUGACGCCCACCUUGUGGACCCGCAUCCCAUGCCUAAGAAGUUGA